UUAUCGAAACAUUUAAACGCCGUCGAAUCGAGAAAGAUGAUGUCAUCGGAUGAAACGGAUGAUGUACUUCCAAAAGAAGACGAAAUGUUCAAAACAAAAAAGGACAAAUACAAAGUGAUCGCAUUACUCGGUAAAGGCGGAUAUGGAGCCGUAUACUCUGUACUCCGCCUCAGCGAUAUGGAGAAGUUUGCGAUAAAGUGUGAGAAGGCGACUGCUGGAAAGAAGGUUCUUCUGAUGGAUUGCAAUGUGAUGAAAGGUGCAACUCAGAUCAAAAGUAGACACUUUUCUACUGUACUGGAUCGAGCUAACGUCAAGGAUCGUUUCAAUUUCAUUGUGAUGAAGCUCAUCGGGAAGAAUCUUUGGGACCUGAGACAGGAUCGUGGCGAUGGAAAAUUCACAAUGGGCACCUCGUUGAAAGCAGCGUCACAGUGUCUUGUAUCCAUUGAACACUUGCACAGUUUCGGCUACCUUCACCGUGACAUCAAGCCGGGGAACUUUGCCGCCGGACGAAAGGAAUCCAACGAGCAUCACGUCAUCUUCAUGCUUGACUUUGGUCUCUGCAGGGAGUACGUGAAGCGAGCUGAGGGAAAAGAUCUUCGAGCAGCCCGUACAACUGCACCAUUCCGUGGAACUACUCGAUAUGCUCCAUUGGCUUCGAUGCUCCAGCAAGAUCAAUCACGAAAAGAUGACAUUGAAUCCUGGCUCUACAUGGUUGUCGAAUGGACUUCUGGAGGUUUGCCGUGGCGCAAGUUGAAGGCUCACGAUCGAGAGAAGGUUCUGCAAUACAAACAAGAUCUCCGUACAAAACCGGAUAUUCUGGACGACUUUCUCUUCUUGUGCCCGAAGAAAGAGUUUACCAGAAUUCUGAAGUACUUGGAUACUCUUGGAUACUACGCAGUCCCUGACUACAAAUUCAUUUACUUCUGUGUCCAGCAUGCUGCCAAUGCUAAUAAGAUCAAGGAUGCUGAUCCACUGGAUUGGGAUCCCGAAACUCCGUAUAUGGGUCCCAUUGAGCAGCCUGGUGAUGGUAAAGUGAUCGAUCUGGAAGUUGAGGGUGGCGCAUCGACAAAGGAUUUCUCGAAAAGAAAUGCGAAGGAGAAGGACCAAAGUGAUGAGACGAGAAAGGGGAAAAAGAAGACUAGUGGUUCACCGAAUAAGGAGAGAACAAGUUCCAAAAAUUGAACUAAAUGACCUUUUAUUGAUUGUGAAAUAAAGUUUUAUUGUAG